CAGGAAGUUCAGUCGAGUGAUUACUGAUUGAGGAGACGGCGCGUCGCUUGCGCACGAUUCCGCUAACCUACGCGUAUUAAUAUUUUUUUAAAACAUAAUUUAACGAAAUUUAUUUGUAGUAACAAUGGACGGAAAUAUAGACGCAAAUGUCCUAACAGCUAAGAUAGUGACCAUGGUAAGCUUGUUCAGCAUAUCCAUGGUAAUUGGCAGUUUGCCACUUCUGAUAUCUUUGAAAUUUGACUGGUUUACAAAAUCAAAUGACCCAAACUUAAGGUCUUCAAACCAGCUAGUUAUGGGGCUUUUGGCGUUUGGAGGUGGUGUUCUAUUUGCAACCACAUUUAUGCAUUUACUACCAGAAGUUGACAAAAACAUUCACGCGCUACAAGCGACUGGAGAUCUUGCUGAAAUGCCGAUCUUCUUCGCCGGGCUGAUCAUGUGUGGUGGAUUCUUCAUGAUGUACUUAGUAGAAGAGCUAGUUCACUUAUAUAUUAACAGCCGACAAAACAAGACCGCUGUCGCAAAUGGCACAGAACCUUUUGAUUUAAGGCGAAGAGAUGAGGAAUCUGACUUGCCAGAAGUUCAGCAAAAUAAAGAAGCAGAAUGCUCGUCUCGUAAAGGACAUAGCCAUUUGGUAUUAGACUCAUCUGUAGAAGACUCAGUCAUGUCAGCAUUAAGAGGAUUGUUGAUCGUACUUGCUCUGUCGAUACACGAAUUGUUUGAAGGUCUUGCAGUUGGUUUGGAAUCGUCGGUUGCGAAUGUGUGGUACAUGUUUGGAGCGGUGUCUGCCCAUAAAUAUAUUAUCGCAUUUUGCAUUGGAGUGGAACUGUUAGCUGCAGGGACGAAGAAAUGGCUGUCCGUCGUGUAUAUAUUUACUUUCUCGUUCGUAUCAGCGUUGGGCAUCGGCAUUGGUAUACUGUUAGUGGGAGGUUCGGGCGCUGCAGAUUCCGGAAUCUACUCUGUUAUUUUACAGGGUUUGGCGUGUGGUACUCUACUCUACGUGGUAUUCUUCGAAAUUUGGCGUCGCAGCAGUGGUCUACUACAAUUUGUCUGCUCUCUCCUUGGUUUUGCAGUUAUGCUGUCAAUAGAGGUGGUUGUGGAAACGAUUCUUCAAUAAUGCUUCCAAAAUAUUUCGCCAAGUCAAGAAGAUGACAAGUAUCCUAUCUAGUUCUAUUGGACAGCGUUUUGUGAAAACCAUAUUUCCGAAAUCAUUUUUGGUUAGUGGUUAAACUAAACAGUAUUUUGUUUCUUUGUCUUAAAACAAGAAUGAUUAAUUAAAACAUGGUAUUAAUGAUCAAUCCCCUGAGGGAAUAGCUUAAAAUAUCUGAAAAUGUCUCAAAGGAUGAAAAUAAAAACAUGAAUGUAUUAAUUAGAUUUAAAUACUUACUGCACGUACACAUUGAGAGGUUUCUUAAAAAAUCAGUUAUUAUAAUCGACUUUUCUGUUAUAAAAAACUUGGUAAUAUUGCACAAAGAAUGAAUUGUUAUUUAUUUAUACGUCACAAGUUUUACAUGUAUUGUAACAUCUUACUUUAUCGAGUUGAAUUUAUUUUAGUCUGAUACGAUUUUCUACUACUAAAGCAAAUCUUUCUUCAAUGUAACUACUACAUAGACAGAGUAGCACACAUACGUGUACCAUUUUGUGCUGUUAUGAAUGCACACAUAACUAAAUCUCAAACAUUUGACUGUCAAGCACGCUAAUCUGUCAAAUAUAAAACUUUUUAUAAAUGUAAGCAUGAAGCAUUUGAUCCUAUACUAUGGCUUAAAGGAAAGAGAUUAUACAAUCCGAGACCUUAAUGCGUGACAAAGUUUUCAAAUGUUUAAGUCGUAUUAUUUCCUAAGUACCUUAAAUAAUGUUAGCGACAUAAGAGUUAUUUUUUAUUUACCUCAGUAGCCAAACGCGCAAGCGGUUGUCCUGAUGAAAUUCAGCAUACAUGGGCUCUAGCUAUGUCAAUGUCAUAGCCCAAUUGAUUAAACCCCACGAACCCUUAGCCCAUAACUGUACAAAAACGCUUUUUUUAAGUCAAUUGUGGUAUUUGUUUCAUAUUUCUGUUAUAUUUAAAUUUACCUGCUGUUAUAUACAUAUAUAUUCGAUUUGUAACAUAAUUAUGAAAAUGGUUGUUAAUAGAGAUGAAAAAGACUGUAAAUAUUAUAUAUAAUGUAAUAGCUGUAUUCUAUAGCACAAUUUUGUAUAGUUAAAGGUAUCUUACCACAAAUAUAUGUUACUUAAGUAAUAUAGACCAGGCGCUGGAGAGAGUUGAGUGUGCAAAAUAUGUUGACCGAAUUCUGUGAAUAAUUUUAGUUGAAAUCAUACUCUUAUAGGGAUGCGAACUUAGAAAAUCUUGCAGAUUAUGAUUCUGGAUGUUGUCACGAGAUUUGCUAGUCUAUUUAUUUUUAUACCCCACUCUCUUAUAUAUCAGGUAAAUUGCGCCUGCACUGAUAGUCAAGUGCGAGAAAAGCAACUAUUGUUGACGAUGUUUUGUAUAAAGUACAGAAAAGUAGGUACCUAACAGUCAUGUUGUUUUCCCAUUAGGUUUAAAGAAAUAUAAUAUUAGAUGUAAUGAAUGCGUUGUCGUAAACCUGUCGUAAAUUCAACCACAAUGUCAGUAAUGAGACUUAAUUGGAAAUAUGUGUAUAGUUCGAGAUUGUCGACAUGUUUUAAAACUAAUUGGUAUUAACACCCUAAUAACUAUCUAAUAUUAUUCGAAAUUACUUGAAACUGUUAUGAAAUUAAAAGAUUAAAGACUUUUCCUAUUCUAAAAACCAUUAAGUAGACGUAAGGAAGUUGUUAACUAUGACAUGAAUUAUAACUAAAGCCUCAUUUAGACGAAUCAAUUAUAUCAAUCGACGGAUCAAUAUAACCAUGAUAAUGCAAUUAUAAUACUAGCUAUAUUCAUAUUUUGAAUAUAGCUAUAUAGAGCCUGAUACGUCAACGUGGGCGAAAAUCCUUUCGUCAUUGUUCAAUAGCGUACGAUUAUUGCUAGCAAUAAUUGAUCCAUCUCAAUGAGCCUAAGUAUAUAAUUCGCUGCUUUGUCAUAUACCUGUUGUGAAUUUAUUCAAUAAAUUAUGUUAUUGCAUCU